UCUACAAAAUAAUUUGCAAAAGACUCUGGUGUAACGACAGUGAGCUGAAAGCGUAAUUUGCUGAUUUACUUGGUGAGCGUACGGUUUCUUCUUCCUUGAAGACUGAAGGAUGUGACUCAUGACUGCGAAGGAGCUAAGUGUUCAUCACAAUGUCUUCUAAAGGUCUGCAGCCUGGGAUGCAAUGUAUAGCGAAGAUUGACCACACCAAACCUAAACCAGAAGAACUAUCAUUUCAUAAAGGAGACCUAAUUACUAUCGUUAGCACCUGUGAGAAUAAAGGAUGGUACCGAGCCCAUCACCAUACCAGCGGCAUGGUCGGUCUUAUUAACUGUAACGCAUUACGAGAACGACCACCCAUCAAAGUGGAUUCCCGACUCAGCUUAAUGCCCUGGUUCCAUGGAGCCAUUUCUGGUGAGCAAGCCAUUCAGAAGCUUCACCCAAGAGAGGAUGGAUUAUUCUUGGUACGCCAAUCAUUCCGACACCCUGGAGACUAUGUCCUGUGUGUGUAUAACAAAGGCGAGGUCAUUCACUACCGGAUCUGUUACCAGGAUGGGAAACUGAGCAUUGACUACAGCCAUAACUUCAGCAACCUCAUAGACUUGAUAGAGUUUUACUCCACUUACCAAGGGGUUCUCUGCACCAGGCUACUGAAACCAAAACCCAAAGAGGGAAUAAAAUCAGCAGAAGAUGAACUUUCUAGAGCUGGUUGGUUGCUCAGUUUUCAGAGUCUAAAAAUUGGGAAGAAAAUUGGACAGGGGGAAUUUGGAGAUGUUCUAGAGGGUGAGUACAUGGGUCACCCCGUGGCCAUCAAGAAUAUUAAGUGUGAUGUCACUGCACAGAAUUUCUUGGCCGAAACAACAACAAUGACGAAACUACAGCACAGAAAUCUGGUCAAUUUGAUGGGAGUUAUCUUACACAAUGGACUGUAUUUAGUAAUGGAACUGAUGAGCAAGGGAAAUCUGGUGAACUACCUGCGGUCCCGCGGACGGAGUAUGGUCUCGCCCCAGCAACUUCUCCGCAUCUCACUAGAUGUGGCUCAGGGAAUGGAGUAUUUGGAAGAAAAGCGUCUCGUACACCGGGAUUUGGCUGCUCGUAAUAUACUUUUGUCUGAAAAAGAAGAGGCAAAAAUCAGCGAUUUUGGAUUGUCCAAGACCACGCUCCAGCCAGAUGACCUUACGAGACUUCCUAUCAAGUGGACAGCGCCCGAGGCAUUGAAGCAUAAUAAAUUUUCAUCCCGUUCAGACGUGUGGAGUUUUGGGGUGUUGCUCUGGGAGGUAUAUGCCUACGGACGAUCACCAUACCCCAAAAUGUCAGUCAAAGAUGUAGUUGAAGGGGUGCAGCAUGGUUACCGUAUGGAAGCCCCUGAAAAUUGCCCGCCCGCGGUGUAUAACUUAAUGAGAAGCUGUUGGAUGGAUGAUCCAGGAAAACGUCCCACAUUCAAGAAAUUAAGAGAGAAAUUGGAAAACAUGAUGAAGGGAGAGUGAAAGUGGAGAUGGGUAUUUUUCUGUAUUUUUCUGAACUUCACCAGAGGAAAAUAACAUUAAAGGGACUCUCUAGUGCCAGGAAAACAAAUCCCUUUUGAAGCCUGGAAAAAAACAAACCAUUAUGGUUAAAUAUAAAACACUUGAAAGUUUUAUGUAAACAAACAAAACGUAUAAGAAAUCUUGUUUUGAAACUUGGACCACAGCCCAUAUUUUAUU